AUGUCUCCGGCGAGAACCACUGCCCUUCUCUUUUGUCUAGGCGUCCUCUCCAUCUCGUUUCCCCAGCCGGCCGCCGCCGCCCCGCUCGCCACCGUAGCCAUCACCCACAUCUCCAAUCUCACGGUGAUUUGCGCGAUCAUCCCCUCCAGGACCAACGGAAACCGAUACGAUAUCAACUGCACCGCCCUCCCCCUGGGGAUCCAGCAUAGUUACCCCUCCGGAGUCGCAUCGUACACCGCCAUCGCCGCCGGCGAUGGGUUCCUCUGCGCGCUCACGUCCCCCCCGUCCUCGGGGCGGACGACGAUGAGGUGGUGGGACCUGACGCAUGAGAGGAACGGCGAGGAGCCGAAGGCGAAGAGGCUCUACUUCGGCAGUCGGCUCUCGGAGCUGGGCGCCGGCGAGUCCCAUGUGUGCGCUCUCGUCGGCAACACCAGCGAAGUUCGCUGCUGGCGAUGGACGGAGUUCGCCUCUCUGAGAGACAGGAAGCUUGCGAGCAUCGCCGUGGGAGGGAGCUUCCUCUGCGGCUUGUCGCUGGAGCAGGCCAUCGAAUGCUUCGGAAGCGACGGCAAUGUGGUGGGCAAGCAACCCUCUGGGAGAUACAGUUUGUUGGCCGCCGGCAGACACCAUGCAUGCGCUGUGGCGGAGAACGGAUCCUCCUUGACCUGCUGGGGCUCGGGAGCGCCACAGGUGGGGAGAAUCGACUUCGAGGUCACCUCUCUGGCGCUGGGGGAUAACCGGACCUGCGCGCUCAGCGGCGUCGGGAGGGUCCGAUGCUGGGGCGCUGGCCGGAACAUGCCGGAAAGCCUGCGGAGCGAAUUGUUCCUCUCAAUCCAUGCCCAGGGAAGCUCCUUCUGCGGCGUUCUGAACAAAAACUUCACCUUGGUCUGCUGGGGGAGCGAGAUUUUCACCAGGAACCGAGUUGUCUUUGGCAACGUUCUACCGGGACCCUGCAGGACGCACUGCGCCUGUGGGUUCAUCGACGGCUCCGGGAACCUCUGCCCCGACGGCGCCGUCAUUUGUCGGCUGUGCGAGGUGGAGAGCAUUCCCAUCUCUCCGCCUACUGGCCUCUCCAACUCGAAGAAUUCCCAAAAUGGCUCCGGUGGCGGCGGCGGCAGAAGGAGGAGGGUCGCCUACGUGGUGCUUGGCGCCGUCGGACUCGGGGUGGGCAUCGCCGCCGUGGGAAUCUGCCUCUGUGGCAGAAGUGGAAGGUGGCUGCAAGUGCACGACUCGGGCCCUGCAGACCAGGAGGCUGCCAGCGGCCGCUCUGAGCCGCCGCCGGCUUUAGCCAACGGUAGGACGCCGGUCGACCCAGCCUCCGUUCACCAGAGACUCGGGGAGUUCAGCCGCAAGGGCCACAACAGCACCAUCGAGGAGUUCCCCCUGCAAGUGCUCCUGGAGGUGACCAGCGGCUUCUCCGAGGAGCGCAAGAUCGGCUCCGGCAGCUUCGGGGCCGUCUACCGCGCCACCCUCGACGACGGCCGGGAGGUGGCCAUCAAGCGCGCCGAGAUAUGCUCCUCCUCGUCCCACCUCGGCGGGCACACCAGGCGGCAGGACGACAAGGAGCAGGCCUUCGUCGCCGAGCUCGCCCUCCUCUCCCGUGUCAACCACAAGAACCUGGUGCGCCUCGAAGGGUUCUGCUCGGAGGGAGGGGAGCGGGUGCUCCUCUACGAGUACGUCGCCAACGGCACCCUUAGCGACCACCUCCACACCCUGCCGAGCUCGCCGCUGGCGGCGUGGGACGCGCGCCUGCGGGUGGCGCUGGACGCCGCCCGCGGCAUCGAGUACCUGCACCGCUACGCCGUGCCGCCGAUCAUCCACCGCGACAUCAAGUCCUCCAACAUCCUGCUCAGCGACGUGUGGACUGCCAAAGUCUCCGACUUUGGGCUGUCCCUGAUGGGCCCGGAGGAGGACGUCUCUCACAUCUCCCUGCGCGCUGCCGGCACCGUCGGUUACAUGGACCCCGAGUACUACCGCCUCCAGUACCUCACCACCAAGAGCGACGUCUACAGUUUCGGCGUGGUGCUGCUGGAGCUGCUCACCGGCUUCAAGGCUAUCCACCAGCACGACGAAGACGAGGACGGCGACGGCGACGGCGAUGGCGGCGGCGGCGGCGGCGGCGACGGCGUGGCCCCGAGGAACGUCGUGGAGUUCGCUGUGCCCCACAUCGACGCGGACCAGGUCCACGUCGUGCUCGACGGGAGGCUCCCUCCGCCGAAGCCCAGCGAGAUCGAGUCGGUGCAGUGGCUCGCCUACCUCGCCGCCGACUGCGUCAGUCCAGAGGGGAGGAAUCGCCCCACCAUGACGGAGGUCGUGAGCACACUGGAGAAGGCCGUCGCCGCCUGCGCGGCGGCGGCGCCGCCCCUUCCUCGCUCCAUGUCGACCCAGUCCCUGUGA